AUGUCUUCUACAGCAUCAAUCCAGGAGAAGGGCCUCCACGUAGGAUCACGACCAGGAGAUGCAGAAAGACUCGAAGGCAUCACCGAAGAUUUUGAAGUCUUCAAGCAGACAGAGGGUGGAGUCAACUUCCGAACCGUGGGAUGGCCAAUGGCUACCGUCAUCUUCCUCAAGACUAUAUUCGCCCUUGGUGUUUUAUCGAUCCCAGCAGCAAUGUACUCGCUAGGUGCUGUUGGCGGUGCACUCAGUGUCAUUGGAUGGCAAGCCCUCAACACCUAUACCGCAGUACUACAAGGAGACUUCCGAAACAACCAUCCGAGAUGCCACAGUAUCGCCGAUAUGGCUGGAGUGGUCGGAGGACCUAUCAUGAAGGAGCUUACAGGCGCCUUGUUCAUUAUCGCAUAUGUCAUCCUUACUGGCUCUGGUAUCGUCGGUGUAUCCAUUGGCAUCAACGCUCUAUCGCAUCAUGCUGCCUGUUCAGUUUGGUGGGCUGUGCUGGCUACUGUCUGUGUGGCUCUCGCAGCCUCAGUCCGCAAGUUCCACCAGAUCGGCUUCCUUACUUGGAUCGGGUUUGCCUCCAUCUUCAUCGCCGUUUUUAUCCUUGUCAUCGCAGUCACCACUCGAGACCGUCCUGCCGCUGCACCUCAGACCGGCGACUACGAGUUUGGCUUCUACGCCAUUGCCUAUCCUAGCUUUGCUGCUGGUAUGGUUGCUUCUUGCACGAUCUUCGUGUCUGGCGCUGGUACCAGUGCUAUGCUCCCUGUCAUUUCCGAGAUGAAGAACCCAAGAGACUAUCGCAAGGCCUUGCUCAUCUGUAUGGCCAUCGUCACAGCCGCAUAUCUUAGCUUCAGUCUUGUUGUCUAUCGCUGGUGCGGAAAAUGGGUGGCUAGCCCUUCUCUAGGCGUAAGUUAUACUGUUUCCAAAUCUCACCUGACAUCUCUAACAAUCCUUACAGNNAGUGCUGGUCAAACCAUCAAGAUGGUAUGCUAUGGCAUCGCCUUGCCCAGUUUAGUCGUCAGCGCCUGCCUGUACCUUCACGUCGCCGCAAAAUACAUCUUCGUCCGUGUUCUUCGCGACUCGCGUCACCUCCAGUCCAACACCAUCGUUCACUGGACCACAUGGCUCUCCUGCACCUUCGGUCUUGCAAUUGUAUCUUUCCUUCUAGCAGAAGCAGUCCCCAUCUUUGAGUACCUGCUUUCCCUCGCCGGUAGCAUUUGCUUCGCUCCUCUGGCCAUUUCGCUCCCUGCUUGGCUGUGGAUUUACGAUCACUGGGAGCAUCGUAAGGGUAGUGUUGGAAAGCAGGUUUUGUUCUGGAUGCAUGCGCUGUUUAUCCCCUUGGGUAUAUUUGUUUGUAUCGGCGGCACUUAUGGUGUUGUGGUGCAGAUCAAGGAGGCAUACGCUUCUGGACAGAUUGGAAGUGCUUUUUCUUGUGCUGACAACUCGAACUCUACUUGA